AAGUGUCAAGUUCUUGACAUAUUAGUAUAACUAUAGAUAACUUUAAAACUUAAACAAUACAGUUUGUUUUAGUGUUACAUUAACAUUAAACAGUAUAUAUUUGACAUUUCUUAAGUUAUAGUAUAUCUUAUACUUUUUUGUAUCUACAAAAUUUUCCAGUUGUGUAGGUAAUAGAUAAAAUAAAAAAGAAAAUUAACCAUGGAUUCACAGUCAUCUGUAAAUGCAAAAAAGCAUAAAAAGAAACGUAUGUCAUGUUACCAACAUGCUAUGAAAUAUUCUAAACGAGGAAAAUUUGGUCAUGGUUUUCAAAUUCAAGAUGAUGAUUUUCAAUAUUUUUUAAAUAUUCUCAAAGUAUCAAAUGAAAAUUUCGAAAGCGUGGAAGAUAAACGUUUAUUUGUAGAUAAUGUCUUUAGACAGCUGGAUGGCAAUGAAAUUAAUUACUGUAGCAAUCAGGUAGUUUCACGUAUUGUUGACAACUUACUGCCUGAGGCCAGUGAUGAAACAGUAUUUAAGCUAAUAAAUACUUUUGAAAAGGACUUGAGACCAAUUUGUAGUGACCAGUUUGCUAGCCACGUUCUUCAGCAAUUACUUCACGUCGCUACUAGUCGAAUACAUACUAUAAAAGAUGAAUGUAAUUCAAAAAAAGAAAUCUAUGUGAACUGGGUUAAUAAACUAUGCAAAUUUGUAUUGAAUAAUUUGGAUGAAUUUGUCUGGGAUACCUAUGCCAAUCAUAUUAUACGUAGUUGUAUGGCUUGCUUAUGUGGACGCCCGUAUUUAAGUUCCAAAACGCCUCAUCAAAAAUCUGACGAGUUUGAAACUACCAAAGAUAAUAGGCAAUUAUUAAAAAAAUAUGCUGAUCACAUAAUUAAUACAAAUCAAUUUUCAGAAAUGCCUACCAAUGAUAUUACAUCAGGACUUCUACAAGUACUGUUACGAUGUAUAGCUUUUAUAUCGAAAAAAAGGUUAAAAGCUUUAAUUGAUAAAGUAAUGACUACAAAUUUUCCAAUAAAUGAAGCCAUUUCAAUUUUACAAGUUCUUGAAAAUAGCUCACUUGCUAGAUUGUUAGAUGUCAUAAUUUCUGAAUCACCAGAGAAGCUAAACAAAUCUAUUUAUGAGACAUAUUUUGAUGGAAAACUCUCAGAUUUAGUGAUUCAUCGUAAUGGAAAUUUUAGUGUUCAAAAGAUUUUAUCCAGAACAACAGAUAAUAAUCAAUUUGAAGCCAUAUUUGAUCAACUAAAUGAAAAGAUGUCUAAAGUAUUGAGUUUAGGCUAUACAGGAGUAUUGUUAGAACUUUCUAAUACUUGUUUACGGUUGAAAUGUAAACAAGCUUUGUUCGCAAAGACAUUGUGUGAAACAUUGAAUUGUAAAGAAGAAACUGAUGACGGCAUGACAGUUUUACUAAUUCUUGGAUUAAAAUCAACAGACAACUAUGACAAUUCUAUUAAAGAACUUCCAAUUCACAUGCAUGGAUCUUUAAUAGUUCAAAAUUUACUAAAAUUUAAUAAACCUAUAAAGACCGUAAAUAAUUUAAUCAAUCUGGAUACAGAGCGUCUUAUUUAUAUAUUUUGUGACGUUAAAGGAAGUUACUUAGCCAAUGCUUAUUUUGAAAGUAAUUUUAUUGGAGAAAGAAGCCGCGAGAAAAUGAUAUGGAAAUUGAAAGGCUAUUACACAACAUUGGCAGCAUCAAAGAGUGGUUCACGUGCUUUUGAUUGCUUAUGGAAAGUAGCAGAUUCAAAACAGCGCAUUAACAUAAUGACAGAAUUUUUAAAACACGAGUCUCAACUUAAUGCUACUCCUUUUGGUUCAAUAAUAGCUUCAAAAUUAGACUUGGGAGGAUUUAGACAUAAUCGGGAUAACUGGAUUAAAACAGAACAAGAUAAAAUUAAAGCUGUAAAAGUUUUUGAGACAAAUAAAUGAAAACUGUUAUGUGUUACUUUAU